UCACAUUUGUUUAUUACAAAAAGGGGAAACUCACAAUUGUCUUCGCGGAAGAGAUAAAUAAAAAUGGGAUCUCAGAUCGUUGAUAACUCACAAAAACCACACGUAGUUUGCGUGCCUUAUCCGGCUCAAGGCCACAUCAACCCUAUGAUGAAAGUGGCUAAACUCCUCCACGCUAGAGGCUUCCACGUCACCUUCGUCAACACCGUCUACAACCACAAUCGUUUCCUUCGUUCUCGUGGGUCUAACGCCCUCGAGGGGCUUCCUUCGUUCCGGUUUGAGUCCAUACCUGACGGUUUACCGGAGACGGACAUGGAUGCCACGCAGGACAUCACAGCCCUUUGUGAGUCCACCAUGAAGAACUGUCUCGCUCCGUUCAGAGAGCUUCUCCAGCGGAUCAACUCCAGAGAUGAUGUUCCUCCGGUGAGCUGUAUUGUAUCCGACGGUUGUAUGAGCUUUACUCUUGACGUUGCGGAGGAGCUUGGAGUCCCGGAGGUUCUUUUUUGGACGACCAGUGGUUGUGCGUUCUUGGCUUAUCUACACUUUUAUCUUUUUAUCGAGAAGGGUUUAUCUCCGCUAAAAGAUGAGAGUUACUUGACGAAGGAGUACUUAGACAAAACCGUUAUAGAUUUUAUACCAACCAUGAAGAAUUUAAAACUAAAGGAUAUUCCUAGCUUCAUACGUACCACUAAUCCUGAUGAUGUUAUGAUUAAAUUCGCCCUCCGCGAGACCGAGCGAGCCAAACGUGCUUCUGCUAUCAUUCUAAACACAUUUGAUGACCUUGAGCAUGAUGUUGUUCAUGCUAUGCAGUCCAUUUUACCUCCGGUCUAUUCAGUUGGACCGCUUCAUCUCUUAGCAAACCGGGAGAUUGAAGAAGGUGGAGAUGUGAAUAGAGAAGAAGUUGAGGCGGUGGUUAGAGAGCUCAUGGAUGGAGAGAAAGGAAAAAAAAUGAGACAGAAGGCGCUAGAGUGGCAGAGCUUGGCUAGGGGAGCGACAGAGCAUAAACUUGGUUCCUCCGUGGUGAAUUUUGAGACGGUUGUUAGCAAAUUUCUUUUAAGACAAAAAUCACAGGAUUAACUAAAACAUAAGAUACCGAAAUGUAUUAUUUCU